GCACAAGCGUGGCGGAGGACGCGACGCUAUGGAUGUGUACGGAUCGUCGAAAGCACGCGCUCAGAAGGGCGACGACUUCUCAGAGAAACGAGGCGAAGCGAAGUGAAGUGCGAGUUGUACUGCGACUGGCUGUCCACAUCUUUAGUAGCUGAUACGUUGUAGCCUGCAUAGAAGUAGUAUUUCUAUACUGUGCCUAUCCUGAAUACUCUAUAAAUGUUUAAGCCUGAUCUAGAGGUCACGGGUAUCUCCCGUAGUGGCCGCGUGAGGAAGAAGUCCUCCAAGCUCGUCGACUUCGAAUCCGACGAUCUCACGGAAAAUAAGCUCAAGCGACAGAAGGCGCAGCAGCAGCUGCAGACCCAGCAGCUCUUGGAUCAGUAUGAGGUCCAGCAGCAGCAGAUAUCGCCCGCGCAGUCCAAUCAAGCGGCUAGCGUUGGGCAGCCGAGAAAGAAUUUGGGCUCUAAUCAUGCGCAACAAAGGGUCAAGGUGGACGCUCUGUCCGAUAACGAAGGACAGUCGUCCAGCUCGGAGUCUGACGAUCCCACUGGGAUAAACGAGGACGAGAGAUACAGUAUGGACUCGGGCAGCGACAAUGAAGUAGAUCCUCUUAUGAUCGACGAGAGAGAGGUCGGAUUCAGGAAGCUGGAGCCACCGGCAGGUCAGGAAACACCAUCACAAGCAAAUAGUUUAUAUAUGCUUGAAAAAUGUAAGAAAAAGUUGAUUAUUAAGGAUGGGAAAAUUAUAGGCAAGUCAAAGACCCAGCGCAAGGAUAAAGGGAAAACAAGAUUUACGGCUUACAUGCUAUGGGCAAAGAAAAUUAGGCAAGAACUGUUAGAGCAAUCUCCUUACAUGGAUUUUGCGGCAAUUUCUAAGCGGUUAGGAGAGCUGUGGGCUACAGUACCACAUCUGGAAAAGUAUAAUUGGCGCAGACGUGCCAAGCGCUUGGCAGCAAAGCCUCAUUCUUUGCCGGCAAGUAAAGACGAGCCUGUUUGGAAAAUGCCACCACCUGCCUCGCGAAAAAAAUUCAUUAAUAAAAUUGGCAACGGGAAAGAGACAAAACCCGCUUCUACAAAGAAAACUAUUCAACUCGGCGUGCCGUCUGUCGUUGGGAACGUUGCAGUCUCGCCACCUACGAACCGCGUCAAUAAAGACGCGAUUAACGAGCCGGUAAUAGGCACGGGAAUGUACAAAGUUGUUGGAACACAGCCAAUCGAUGUUGCGGCCCAUCUCAAAUUGCUUGGCGAGAGCUUGACGAUCAUUGGGGAACGCUUGAAGGAACACGACGGUCAGAUAGCUGUUUCCGGCAGCCUUUCGGUAUUACUGGAUUCGCUGCUCUGUGCCUUAGGCCCGUUAAUUUGUUUAACGCAGCAAUUGCCGGAAACUAACGGAGCUAAACCUGAAACACUUUCCCAAAUGCUGGACAACAUCGCUUAUCUUAUGCCUGGUUUAUAAUGUACAAAAUGUGUAAAGUAUAGAAUUAUACAUAAUAGUGUAAAUACUCGUGUGACAAGUUAGAUAUAAAAAAGGAUUAUGAGCGUGAAAA